UCCACGCAGCUGCUCAUCGAUCGGUCGACGCACAAUUAGGUAAAUCCGUGCAACUGGCUGUCAUAAAUCCGGGACGGGAAAAGGGUGAUCUACCUGGCGCUGGUAGGAAAAGGGAUCGCCCGCAGACGCUUAAAAGCAUGCGACGGCGAGCAGCGGGCAUCAGUUUGUUGAGAGCAGAGCAACAGAAAGAACUACUCCUAAUUACAGUCAUGAGCAACAUUAGCAACGAUAGCGGCUUGGACGACUCGGCGAAUUGUGGCGCGGCAGGCAAUGCGGGCGCGGCGGCAGCAACGCGUCUGUCCUGGUUCCUAGCCGAGGUGGACGAUGGCUCGAUGAAGAACGGCAAGCCGAAUGGCAAGAAGCGUUUCUGCGUUCUGCACAGCAUGGAACUGCUGGAAACGGACGUAUCUGACAAGUACAUGACGCGCUUUGUUGAGUUCCGCGUCAAUGGCAUCAAGCUGGAGGCGAAACUCAUAUUGGCCGCCGAUGAACGCAAGCUGGUAGACGCCGCCCUAUUAUCUAUGAGCAAGCAGCAGCGCGAUGAGGAGGACGAUGUCCGACAGCUGCUGGUGCAGUACACCGAAGAGGAUGCGGCGGGCAAGCGUUUGGUGCAGAAAAUGAUCUCGCCCCAUCGCGUUGUCUGGCUGAGCACAAAGCCCGAGCUGGGAGGCACGCCGCUGGUUAAACUGAGUCCGGGCUGCAUAGGUCAUGUGCUGUACGCCUACGAGCAGCGCGAUUAUAUGGAGAAGGUGCUGCUGCACUUGAAGGCGCGCUGCUUUGACCACGCUUUCGACGAACAUUUGGACGCUGCCCUGGAGCCCAUGGACGAGCACACCUGGCUGCUGGUGCAGUAUAGCCCCGAGCCGGAAACGGUCGUCUAUCAGGUCAUACCCUACAGUCAGACGGUGUGGCGCCAGGAGAAUCUCUUCAAGGACGUCAUCGCCUACGUGCAGCUGCCUGGCAGUGAAGUGGUGCUGCAAGCGGUCGUCAUAAGCUACGGCCAGGAUCAGAAGCAGAUGGAGGCCAAGUACGAGCAGCUGCGUCGUUAUGCCUUGGAUAUGGAGUUUCCGCUGCCCGAUGAACUGGAUCACCAACUGCAGCAGGGUAGCGGCACUGCUGCUCUUUUUGCUCGCACCAGCAGCACACUCUUCCAACGUGCAGAGCAGCGCGACGCCAGCGGGGAGCACAAACAGCUGCGACGCAGUCUUGAACAGAUGAGCGAGAAGGCACAGAGCGAGGCAGAGAUGAUCAUCGACGCCUUCGACAUGGUCGACAACAUCAAUAGAAAUCUACAGGCGAAAAUCGAGAUCGCAUCCAAUUCAGGCGAUGACAUGCAUUAG